ACGUCAGUCAAUUAUUAACUCUCAACGGUGAAACAUCAUCCCUGAUCUUAAGAUUAAAUAUUUGAUUUUUGUUUUUCAACAAAUUCAACGAUGGAGGAUUGGGCUAUGAUCAUAGCAUUCGUGAUAGUGUUAUUAAGCAUUUAUUAUUACAUAACGAAAGAUUUGAAUUAUUUCGAGAAAUUAAAUUUACCAUAUGUCAAACCAUGGCCAAUAUUAGGCAACAUGGGUCCAACUAUUUUCCGUCAAAAAACAAUGGUCGAUUUGAUCGUCGAUACAUACAACAAAUAUCCUGAAGCCAAAUACAUUGGUUUUUACGAUUUGGGUACACCUGUAUUUAUGAUACGUGAUCCGGAAUUAAUAAAACAAAUUGCUGUUAAAAGUUUUGACAAUUUUCCUGAUCAUCGUGGUUUCGUUGACGAAGUACAAGAUCCAUUGUUCGGAAAGAAUUUAUUUUCAUUGCGUGGUGACAGAUGGAAAGAGGCUAGAACCAUACUGACGCCGGCAUUUACAUUGAGCAAAUUAAAAAGUAUGUUUAAACUUAUGAGCGAUUGUGGUGCCGAUUUUACAGAAUAUUUGGCUAAAAUGCCUAAGGAAAAGAGAACGAUUGAAAUGAAGGACGUUUUAACGAGAUAUACGAACGACGUAUUAGCGACAUGUGCAUUUGGCAUUAGUAUUAAUUCCAUGAAAGAUCGUGACAAUGAUUUUUACGUACUCGGUAGAGUAGCAACUAACUUCGAUGGUAUCAAAUCAUUGAAAUUUUUCUUAUUGAGAAGUUUUCCAAGGAUAACGAGUUUGUUCAAUCUUAAAUUGAUACCCGAGUACAUAGCCAAAUUUUUCGAAAAGGUUGUCAAAGAUGUGAUCGAUACUAGAGACAAACAUAACAUCGUUAGAAACGAUAUGAUACAAUUGAUGAUGGAAGCUAGAAAUAAAAAAGCUGAAAUGGGACAAGAAUUACCAUUGAUAGAGAUAGUUGCACAAGCAUUUAUUUUCUUCUUUGGUGGUUUCGAUACGGUAUCAACGGGAAUGUGUUUCACGUGUCACGAAAUUGGCGUCAAUCCUGACAUACAAAAAAGAUUGCAAAAGGAAAUAGACGAUGUUAUUGAAAAAACUAAUGGAAAUCCAACAUAUGAUUCUAUUAAUAACAUGCAAUACUUGGAUGCAGUGAUAAACGAAUCACUCAGAAGAUAUCCAAUUGCCAUUUUUCUUGACAGAGUAUCAAUCGAUGAUUACGAAUUACCACCUUCAUUACCAGACGGUAAACCCAUUUUAAUAAAAAAAGGUUCUAACAUGUGGUUCCCGGUUGCUGCAUUCCACUACGAUGAGAAAUAUUUUGACAAUCCAUACAAAUUCGAUCCAGAAAGAUUUAUCGAACGUACCAAAGAGAUUAAUAAUUCUGGUGUUUAUUUGCCAUUCGGAUUGGGACCAAGAAUGUGCAUUGGCAAUAGAUUCGCUUUGUUAGAGAUGAAAGUUUUAUUGUUUCAUCUAUUGGCUAGAUGUAAUUUAAAACCUAAUUCGAAAACAUUAAUACCAAUGCGAUUAUCCAAAAGAACGAUUAACUUAAACGCUGAAACUGGUUUUUGGAUGGAUUUGGAAGAAAGAAAUGAUAAACAUCCUGCAUUGAAAAAUUAUCAACCAUAUAGUACUAAUACCGUUAAUGAUAAUAAUUCAAAUGACAAUUGUAAAAUUAAUUCAACUGCUAAUGGUGUUAGUAAUGGUUCUUGUACGAUUAAAGCUUAAACAUGUAUUUCUUUUUUUUU